UUUAUUCACCUCCUGACAGACCAAAGAUGGAACUGAAAAUCUUCAUUGUUCUCUUCUGCGCUCUUUUCACUGGAGGACAUUCACUCAAAUGUUAUGAGUGUACAGGUCCAAUAGGUUCUUGUGUAAACAAAGAGACGACGUGUCCAAGCUUUGCCAACGUAUGUUCAACUCAAACAACUGUGACUGGUGACAAUGUAUCUUCAAUGCAGAUUAAGAGUUGUACAGUGUCGGAGGCUUGUACAAGUUCAUCUAUUAACUUCGGAGUUACAAGGACAGUUACAUCUACACAAUGCUGUAACUCAGACCUUUGUAAUAGCAAAUACGCCCCAGAUUCCAGCGCUAACAGCCCCAAUGGAAAACAAUGUUACUCCUGCGAUGGACUGAGUUGCACCAACAAAUUAAAGUGUAUAGGAAACGAAGACUACUGCAUUAAAGCUACAGUACCUGCUGAGUCUGGGCCUCAGACUCUUAAAGGAUGUGCCUCUAAAUCUGUCUGUGAUUCCACAUCAUCACAAGCGAAUGCAGGUUUCACGGGCUCAUGCUGUCAGGGGAAUCUGUGUAACGGUGCUAAGAGCGUCACCCAGAACCUCAUCUUUCUUUUAUGGCCGCUCUUCUUCUACAUUCUGCUUCACUGAAUUCAGCAGAACUUCACUCUACAGCAGUAAUGAGAGAUAUUUUGGUGGGAUUAGUAAAAUAAAAAAAGAGUAUUUUUAUGAUUUAUGCAUCUUAUCACUCCAGCAGCAGUAUGUGAUAUAUUUUGGAUUUAAAAACAAUGUUUAAUUUAAUAUUGCUAAAUUUUCAUUGUAUUUUUGGUGUUAUAUUAGAAAAAAUACUGCAAAUAGAGAAAACAUGAAAUAAAAUGUAACCA